CCAAGGUUACCAUCGAACGAAGAAGUGUGUCUCUGUCGCUUGCGAGCAAGGGUUCUCGGCUUCAACAACUUGUGGAUACUCACGACCAACAUUCUCCUACUCGACCCUCGCAGGAUCGACCUUUUCUGAAAAUUGCAAAUGGCAUCCACCGUUGCCGUCGGCGUAGGCAUUGCCGCCGCUGCCUUCUUCGGACGAGCGGGCCUCGUAGCCUUCCGCCGGUGGCGCAAUCCCAACGGUCUCAACGCGCUCGGGAGACCCUUCUACAAAGGCGGAUUCGAACCGAAGAUGACCCGUCGCGAAGCCAGUCUGAUACUUGACUUGAGUGAGCGGACGCUUACCAAAGAUAAAAUCCGAAAGAAUCAUCGCGCCUUGAUGCUUUCGAAUCACCCGGAUCGAGGUGGUAGCCCCUACCUGGCUAGCAAGGUCAACGAAGCCAAGGAGUUUCUGGAGAAGAAUGGUUGAGCAGGAGACUGUGAAUAGAGGGGUGCGAGGUGCAAUCUAUCACGUAAGAGAGCUUUUAUGAUUGAGCGGGGAAGAGUUUGUUUCACCACAUGGUUUUGUUGGCUUUGCAUAGCGCUGGCGUUUGAUAAGGGAUGGCGACGGUGAGAUCGACGUGGGAAAUUUUAAAGAGGUGGUAACGUGAAGAUGGCUUCUCAUGUGCGCAUCAAGAGAAAUUGAAGGAGGGACGAACAAUGAGAAUGUGCAAACUAUCUCCACUCGAGGUUUGGGACGUUCUAAUCUGUACAUCAUAAAGCUCUGGACAUUUCUAAAGACGACGGGAGAAGCGAGAGAGGUGUGUUGCAACCAAAAGGCCUCGACGUCUAUGCUCCUACUAGGAAGAAAUGCUAUGUAUGUACUUUACAAACAUGACCAUCAAAGCAAUCGCUCGAUCACACUGCGCUUGCUGUCAGACCAAUAAUGAACAUAAAUGCUCAGACAAAA